CUGUCGGGCCCAAUCCCAAACCCCUCCCACACUCGCAGCUCCGCCGCCGGCCUCCGACGAUGCGUCGGAGUAUUCCUCUCCUAUUCCUACGAAGGUGGAAGGAUCUUCCCGCCGAUUUGGCCCUCAGAUCCAGCCCGACAGCCCUACUGGUUCAGUCCUCCUUCACCGUGCACAAUAACGACACCCACGAGUUCCUGGUGGGUUUUCGUCAGGUUUCAACACGACGAAUAUCUGGUAUCGGUCACGAAUGUCGUGCUUGCAGAUGGGAGCUCGACGUCGGGGCCCGUGGGAAACGUGUCAGUCUUUGCGGAGUUCCCGAAUCCAGAUCUUGAAACGGGUAUCGAGACGGCGGGGGAUUCGACCCAGAUGGCAGGUUGGGUUGAGCUGGUGGAUACGCAAAUUGAGGUGGUCCCGCUGGAUGUGCCUAUGCCGGCGAAUAUCUCUCUGGUCAAUGAUGGGUGGAUUUGUCCCAGACCUAGGAUGCAAGGUGAGCUUCUUCUUCAUGAUUUUGGCUCUUGGGAGUGUAUGUAA